GUAAGUACGAAGAAACUCUGCCAUUGAGUCAAUGAAGUCACCGUUGUUCUCCUUUUACUUCUAUGAUUACUAUAAUAAUCCAGUUUGCUACUCUUCAGAAAAAUAAUUCAGUAAGGCACACUUCCUAUCUAAAAUACUGGUUUCUUUUCUUAUAUUCAAAGAACCAUGAAAGCUUGUUCUCUUAGGAAUUGGGGAGGAAACCACUAUUUCCUAUUCCCUCAUCAGCAAUCAGCAGUUUGAGAAAGUUCCUUCCUCUUUCCUCCCAUUUCCCAUGGGGAACCAAACCAAGUAUUUUGCCAUUCGAAAUCCUGCUACCAUUCACCAUUUAUAAACAUGUUUCUUCUUCCUCAUGCCUCGAGUUGCAAACCUUUCAAGAUAUUCAAACAUGACCAAGUGUCCUCCUAACCCUGUUUUUCUUCUCUUCCUAUUCUUUAGGAUUUUCUUGGUCAUGGCACAAAACACAACCAUCCCAAUCAAUGUGGGUGUGGUUCUUGACUUAGAUACCCAGUUUGGGAAAAUAGAGUUGAGCUGCAUCAACAUGGCCCUCUCUGACUUCUAUGCCUCUCAUUCUAACUACACUACUAGACUGGUCCUGCACACAAGGGACUCCGCGAGAGAUGUUGUUGUGGCAGCUGAUGCAGCGCUAGACUUAAUAAAGAAUGUUGAAGUGCAAGCCAUCAUAGGGCUAGAAUCAUCAAUGCAAGCCAACUUUGUAAUUGAUCUUGGAGAUCAAGCUCAGGUGCCCAUAAUCUCAUUUUCAGCAACAAGCCCUUCUCUCCGGGGUUCAUAUUUUUUCCGAAUUGCACAGAAUGACUCAUCUCAAGUUAGAGCCAUUGGUGCCCUCAUCCAAGCGUUUGGUUGGAGAGAAGCAGUGCCCGUCAGCAUCGACAAUGAGUUCGGGGAGGGACUAACACCUUACCUGACUACUGCUUUGCAAGAAGUUGGUGCUGGUAUCCCUUAUUGGAGUCUCAUUCCUUCAAUGGCCACUGAUGACCAAAUUAUUGAAGAGCUUCACAGGUUGAUGUCAAUGCAAACCAGGGUAUUCAUAGUGCACAUGUCGCCUUCACUUGGCUCUCGGUUUUUUGCUAAGGCAAGAGACAUUGGCAUGAUGGAGGAAGGUAAUGUUUGGAUAACGACGAAUGGGAUGACUAACUCUUUUAGUUCCUCCAGUUCUUCUGUCGACAUAGAUAACAUGCAAGGGGUGUUAGGCAUAAAGACUAAUGUUCCAAACACAAAAGAACUUGAAAAUUUUAGAGCUAGAUGGCAAACAAAAUUCCAACAAGACAAUCCAACCAUCCUUAACGUUAAAUUGGAUGUUUUUGGACUAUGGGCUUAUGAUGCUGCUUGGGCAUUAGCCCUGGCGGUUGAGAAGGUGGGGGGUACAAACUUCAGCUUCCAAAAGAUGAACAGUUCUCAUAAUUACUCUGUUUUGGGAAGCUUAGAGGUCUCUCAAGGUGGUCCUGAACUUGUCCGAGAGCUAUCAGGUACGAGAUUCAGAGGCCUUUCAGGAGAUUUCAGUCUUAUUAAUGGGCAACUACAAUCAUCAACUUUUCAAAUAGUUAAUGUGAACGAUAAUGGGGAAAGAGGAAUUGGAUAUUGGACACCCCAAAAUGGACUUGUGAGAAACAUAAAUUCGAACAGAAAAACAAACAGAUACUCUACUUCUAAUGCCAGUCUUGGACCUAUUAUAUGGCCUGGAGACACCACCUUGGCUCCAAGGGGCUGGCAGAUUCGCACGAACGGGACCUUAAAAGUCCUCGUCCCUGUGAAGCAAGGAUUUGAAGAAUUAGUAAGUGUGGUACAUGAUCAUAGCACUAACACAGCCAAGGUUACUGGUGGAUACUGCAUAGAAGUCUUUGACGCUGUAAUAAAAGCAUUACCAUUUCCUGUUCCUUAUGAGUUUUAUCCCUUUGCAAAUCCUAAUGGGGAGAGCGCUGGCAGUUACAAUGAUUUGAUCAAUCAAGUGUUUCUUGGGAACUACGAUGCUGCAGUUGGAGACAUAUCUAUUAGAGCAAACAGAUCCUUGUACGUUGACUUUACAUUGCCAUUCACAGAAUCUGGGAUAUCAAUGGUCGUCCCCGUCAAAGGCAAUGAUGGCGGUAAAAACACAUGGGUGUUCUUGAAGCCUUUGACGUGGGAUCUCUGGGUUACAAUCGGCUGUUUUUUCAUAUUCAUUGGUUUUGUGGUCUGGUUUCUUGAACACCGGAUAAACGAAGACUUUCGUGGGCCUCCACAUCACCAAAUUGGCACAAGCUUUUGGUUCGCCUUCUCAACCAUGGUUUUUGCACACCGGGAACCAGUAGUGAGCAACUUGGGUAGGUUUGUAGUGAUCAUAUGGUGCUUUGUUGUCCUCGUACUGACUCAAAGCUACACUGCCAGUUUAUCAUCAAUCUUAACAAUUCAACAGCUCCAACCAAUAGUUACUGAUGUGAACCUUCUCUUGAAGAAUGGGGACAACGUUGGUUACCAAAAAGGCUCUUUUAUUUAUGGGAUUUUGAGUAAGCUAGGGUUUAAGGACGAUAAACUUAGGACCUAUAAUUCCGUAGAAGAAUUAGAUAAACUUCUUCAGAACGGGAAUGAAAAUGGAGGUAUUUCUGCUGCUUUUGAUGAAACACCCUACAUGAAACUUCUUCUUGCAACCUAUUGCUUGAAAUAUACCCUGGUCGAGCCAACAUUUAAAGCCAAUGGUUUUGCCUUUGUCUUCCAAAAAAGUUCACUUCUCACGCGUGAUGUUUCGACAGCAAUCACUCAAGUGCACGAGGGAGAUAAAAUGAAGGCCAUCGAGGACAAGUGGUUCAAGAAAACAGCAAGUUGUUCAAACCCCAACACCGCGAGCUCUUACAACACUCUUAGCCUUGAAAGCUUUUGGGGCCUCUUCAUUGUUGCUGGUGUUGCUUCAUCAUUAGCUCUCCUCAUCUUUGCAGUCAUGUUCCUCUAUGAGCAUAGCCACAUUUUGACAUGUGUUGAUUCAAAAGCCUCAUUUUGGACAAGAAUUCGUCAAGUACUAAGAGCAUAUGAUCAACAAGACAAGACUUGGCAUGCUUACAAGAAAACCAGAAAAGAAGAUGGUGUUCAUGGAAUUGCUGCGGUUGAAUCUUCACCAAACACCAACUGUCUCUGCCUCAGAAGGCCAUCAAGGUCAAGCAAACCAAAUCAAAUUGAACCAGAAAUUGUUCUUGAAGAGCAGAAGGGAACAAUUUCUACUCAGCAUAUUGAUUUGAAUCCGAAUGCUAUAGAGUUAACGGCUAUCACAUAAACCAUUAAAUUUUGCUUUGGUUUGUUUGGCCAGAUUCUCUUAAGGGUUUUUGUGAAGCUGAAUUUGUAUUACAAAUCUCCAUUGUGGUGUGGUGUAGAAAUUACAUCUUCGUUGUAUGGAAGUUCUAACUUCUUCGCAAGUUUCAAGGCCAGUGGAGAAUUCUUCUUCUUCUUCUUUUUUUGUUCAAAGUGGAGGAUUCUCUGCAUCAAUAAAGGAUCGAAUGGAACAGAAAAAAGAAGAAUGUUUGGACUUGGAGGUAUGCAAGUUUGGACUUUAGCCAUGCCCUUCUACUUUUUCCAUACUCUGCUA